UCCAAUCCAUUCUUUGCUGUUAGUUGAGUUCUUACAUUGGUUACAAUGGUCACGGUUCGGUUGGGUCUACUUCUCACUUUCCUGACCCUGGUGGCAGGCCAAGAUCGGAAUUCCACCGCCAUCCAUAGUCGAGCCAAGCGAUAUUUGGAUAUUAUAGAGACAACUCGUAUAUUUUUCCGCGUUAAUGCCAAAAACAAUGUGAUCAAAUCGCCGAUUGUGUGGGCUCAUGGCUAUGGCUUUCGAGCCAAUACGCCGGUGUUGGUCAAAAGGGAGAAUAGACCCUUUCGCAGGGACACCUACGAGUUGCUCCACGAGCUAAUCGAUCGCAGUGGCCUGGAUGGACGUGCGUGUGUCCUGAAGGCCUAUUGCACCGCCCUGGCCGGGGAUCAUGGUCAGGGGUUUUUGUUUAAGCUCUUGAAAUACGUAUUUACGUAAGUGCCUGCCAGUCGUAUGUACAUUAAUGCGCCCAACCACACACACU